GGAAUGGAAGAGAUCUGAGUGAUUUUUGAUUUCCUUAUCAAUCUGUAAUGUGUGGGUGCAGGUACCUGGUCCACUGUCUACAAGCUGAUCUGAACAACUACAUGCCUGCCUUCCUGGAUGACCCAGAAGAGCAUAAUCCACAGAGACCGAAGAUCGAGGAUGUCCUGCACACACUGACAGGAGCCAUGUCAUUACUGCGGCGGUGUCGGGUCAACGCCGCUCUGACCAUCCAGCUCUUCUCGCAACUCUUCCAUUUCAUCAACAUGUGGCUUUUCAAUAAGCUGGUGACAGAUACAGAGUCGGGGCUGUGUUGUCACUACUGGGGGGCCAUCCUCCGACAACAGCUCAGCCACAUCGAGGCCUGGGCUGAAAAACAGGGUCUGGAGCUCGCUGCGGACUGCCACCUUAGUCGAAUUGUACAGGCUACCACCCUGCUGACCAUGGACAAAUACUCCAUGCAGGAUGUGCAGAACAUCCAUAAUACCUGUUUCAAGCUGAACUCCCUGCAGCUCCAUGCCCUCAUGACCAACUAUCACUGUGCCCCAGAUGAGCCGUAUAUCCCACCUGAGCUGAUAGACCAUGUGGUGGCGGUGGCAGAAAACACAGCAGAUGAGCUGGCGAGGAGUGAUGGCAGAGAGGUUCAGCUGGAAGAGGAUCCAGACCUCCAGCUGCCCUUCCUCCUUCCUGAAGAUGGCUACUCCUGUGACGUGGUGCGUAGCCUCCCCAACGGACUUCAGGACUUCCUGGAGCCUCUGCUGCAGAGAGGUUUUUGUAGGUUAACGCCACAUCCACGCUCACCUGGUACCUGGACCGUCCACUUUGAAGGAGCUGACUGCGACAGUCACUUCUCUGCAGCUGAUACCGCUGAAAUGGUAGGACAUUAACACACAGGAAAUGUU